UAUUUCGUCGCGUGACGCCGUGGCGUGUACGCAUCGAUCCACAGGCCGACGACGGUGGUGCGGGGCGGAUAGGCGCAACCACGUCCGAAAAUCAAUCCCGUGCACGCGUGUAUCGUACUCGCGCGCGCGACGACGAGGAAAAUAAUCGGCGCGGCUGCUCUCCUUCUCGGGGAGGCGAGAAAGACGGUGACAUUGACGUCGGAACCGGCCGCGAUGCUGAAGAAAUUCCUCGGCAAGUCCGGCCGCAGGAUCCUGCGGGCGAUCAAAAAGCUGUCCACCAGGAGUCAUAAGGCCAAAAAGUCGCGCAAUCCCAGUUCCUGGCACACGGCCAUUCCGGACCUCGAGACGACCUCGCUCUCGUGGUCCCUGCCGUCCUUAGACACCAAGAGUAUCGACACCUAUAUGACGUACGUCGCCGAGAACCAGGAGGACUGCAUGUCGAGUUGUUGCUGUUGCGACGAGUACGAGGAGAACCAGAAGAACGAGAACAGAGAGAACGAGAUGAUAAUCUAACAUCCGUGCUCAUAAGCGAUACGUAUCGCACGCUCGUUUGUCUCGCUAUUAAAUUCGCCGGCAAUCGCAUGCCGUCCAAAAGGGUGGCAAAGAAUCGCGGGUGUACGAUUCUUAACGAUAUUUAACCCUUAACCGGUGAGUAUACGAGUAUGUCAUUUUUAUUUUCUGGACAGUACUUCUGUUAAUGCAAUAGCGGCACCAAAGAACAUGCUCGUCGAGAACUCGGUUAAGGGUUAAUCACAAUCCAUCCGUAAUCCGUUCCACGCACAGGGAGCGUUUUAUGCUCUCUUUUAUUUUUUGAGAUGUAUCAUAUCGUCGAGAUGAGGGGGGAUGAAAGAUAGAAAGAGAAAUUCUACAGACCUUGGAUUAUUAUAAUCAUCGUAUCAGACGAUUUUUCAACAUAUUAUCGUGAGAUAAGAAUGCGAAGAAGAGGUGAUGCUUUAUUUCCAAUUAGUCUUCCAACACUAGAUUUAUCAAUUUAUUUUAUAGUUUGCAUUCUGAUGUUUGCGAUAAUUUUGAUCUCAUUUAGCCGCAUAACUUCGUCGAUAAUAGAUGCAUUAUUUAUUUAUUGUCAUACACAUUCAUUUCAUUACAAUUACAAUAGUUUAGUUAUGAUUACGCAAACGCGGUUAUAUUAAUAAUUAAAUUAGUUGUUGGUUUAAUUUAUUCAGUUCAACGAUCGUCUUUUUUUCCCACAUUUUAUCGUACAAGAAAGAAAGAAAGUGCGACGUUUCUUCUCUUUGCGCGUCAUCAUCACUUUCAAUAUAGAGAAUAGCAAUAUGUGACGUAGUACAAAAAAAUAUAUAUCGCCUAGCGUGUUAUCAAUCACGGAAGAAUGACGUUCGAAAUAUAAUAGAACUUUUCCACUUAUCAUGUGAUUUUAUCACAUCGAGUCUAACUCACAGAUUAGUUUUUUGCAAGAUAUUAUUUUUUUUUUUGAUAUUGUGCACUGUUUCGGGUAAUCAAUAAUUUAUUUUCGCGCGAGACGCUCGAAAGCUACACCAAAACCGCACGUGACAGAGCCUCCUCGCUGUGUCCAAAUAAUUUAUUUAUGAUCGUAAGAAAAGAGAUUUCGCAGAAAAAUAAAUUUUAAUCAUUAGAAUAAUAAUUAUAAAUUAAAAUUAUAAUAAAGAAGAUUAAAUUAUUUACUUUUUUACUUAAAUUAUACGUGUACUCGCAUACAUCUUUUCGGAUCAGUCGGAUAUCGAUGAAAAAUUUCAUCAUGAAUCUCAUGUUGGAUACUCUAAUUUCCCCCGCUAGUUAUCAGUGAGAGGGAAUCCGACUUUGUAACUCGAUGUCGUCACGCUGAUCGUCCUAGGUUUUCAAUAUCUUGCGCGUUCAUAGUGCGCCCGUUAGAUUAUAGUUAGUCGAUACAACUGAUCCUCGAUAUAGGUAAACUCAUCAUAUUUUUAUUUCGAGGAAUGAACAUCGUAUAUUUCGCGAGAGGUAAACGGCAUUAAAAAAAAAA